UGGACUGCGGGUGUCCAAGAGUGCGAGGCCGUGGCCACUGGACGGACGGCAAUGCAGACGGAGAGAAGACCGAUCUGAGCCAAGUGCAGAAGAGGUCAUCAGGGUCUGGUCUGGCUACAUGCCGUGGUCGUGUGGACGAGGGGAAAACGUGGACCAGAGUUAGCCAACACCAAGGGCGACCAGCAGCUUCACCUUGCUAUCGCAGAGUGGGCCUAUUAUUAGCUGGAUAUCUGAUGCAGUGCCACGAAGCCCAACAAGCACCGAACCAUCACCGAAGAGAGGAAGGCCGGCGCACCAGCAACAUCCCCGGUACUUGCCAGUCUGGUAUACUAAGUGGUCUGGCGUCCACCCAACCCUUGUCUCUCACCUGCCCUAGGAAGGAUGCCGCGUAUGCAGAGUCCGGGGGGGCUCCUGGUCGUCCGCAGAGCUUCUUGGAUUCCCCAAUGGCCCGGCGUUGCUGCCCACGCUCCUUUGGUUCCGAGAUGCGACGAAGUGCGACGAGAUGGCAGGGACGGAUUCCGGGCUGGGCAUGUGGCCGCCGGCCAUGGAGAAACUCAACGGGCGGGAAUGGGCCAAGCUGUGGGACUCGGAUGUCCAGAUAAGGCAAUUGGCAGACUGGUGAUGAUGUUGUCGAACUGCAACGCCGCCGUAUCGUACCAGUG